UCAUGUGAGACACCUCCUGCGCGAGCCAGUCCGACGUUACCUCUGCAGAGGAAAACGCAAUGGAGCCCUGAACGUUUUGCAUUCCUACUUACGAAACAAUAUUACCACCCCAAAAAAAAAACAAAAAAACACUGCUUUAUCCGCUGUUUUGUGGCGUAACGGGGCGGUACAACGAUGUGGAUCCAGGUUCGUACUAUAGACGGGAAGGAGACGCGAACCGUGGAGGAUCUUUCUAGAUUGACCAAAAUUGAGUCUUUACGGUUGAAAAUACAAGACAUCUUCAAUGUAAGCCCACAGCUGCAGCGCCUAUUCUACAGAGGAAAGCAGAUGGAAGAUGGCCAGACACUGUUUGACUACAACGUGGGUCUCAACGACAUCGUCCAGCUGCUGAUUCGCUCACAGACUGACGCUCCCGACAGCCCCGCCCCCAAGGACCCCUCUGGCGUUUCCUGUCUUUCAGCUCAUCCCCCUGACUCCAUGUCGGAAACCCGCAACUCUCCAGCACCUGCAUCCCCAGCUGCUAUGGAAACUACGAGUAUAGACAAUGACAAGAGCAGCAUCAAGAGCAGCGUCAAUACCAGCACUGUUAAUGAAACCAAGCCGGACACCAGCACUACAAGUAAUUCAACCAGUACCAAAAAUGGGAUCAAGUCCCCGAGUCCGGCACGGGACAUCCAGCCGCAGACAUCCAGCAGAAACACACUAGCUGACCCAGGAAUUGGUGUGUACAAGAUUAACGAGCUGGUGGACUGCAGAGACGUCAGCAUCGGCGCUUGGUUCGAGGCCUGCAUCGAUAACGUGACACGAGCACCCAAAGGACAGAUAACACCCCCCAAGGGCAAGGUGGGCCGGCCCCCAAAAAGGACUAACGGAAAGCUGGAGGCCGAGCUCGGACAGGCCCCUGGCCAGGGCCAAACCACAGACAGUAACAGGAAUAAUGUUGUUAUAAGCUCAGAGAGUAAUGGAGCCUCCACCUCUCAGACAGACUCUACAGCAACUACAGAGACCAAGGACAGAGAAGAGGACGUCAUUUACCACAUUAAAUAUGACGAUUACCCAGAGAAUGGCGUGGUGGAGAUGAGACCGAUGCAUGUCCGGCCACGUGCCAGAACCCUUCUGCGGUGGGACCAGCUCCAGGUGGGCAUGCAAGUGAUGGUUAACUACAACAUGGAAACGCCAGACGAGAGGGGGUUCUGGUUUGACGCAGAGGUUCAGAUCGUCAACCAAACGUCCCGCACAAACAAGGAGCUGCGUGUCAAGAUCCUCUUGGGGGGUCCAGGCGAUGUAAUCGGGGAUUGUAAAGUCCAGUUUCUGGAUGAAAUCUACCAGGUUGAGAAGCCAGGAGCUUGUGCACUCUCAGCUACAGAUGGACAAUUUAAACGGAAGAGCGGGCCCGAGUGUAAGCACUGCAAGGCCGACCCCGACGCAGAGUGCCGCUUCUGCUCCUGCUGUGUGUGUGGGGGGAAGCAGGACGCUCACAUGCAGCUUCUUUGUGACGAGUGCAACAUGGCGUUCCACAUCUACUGCCUCAACCCGCCGCUGUCCACCAUCCCAGAUGACGAGGACUGGUACUGCCCCACCUGUAAGAACGACACCAGUGAGGUCGUAAAGGCUGGAGAGAAGCUCAAAGCCAGUAAGAAGAAAGCAAAGAUGCCUUCAGCAACAACUGAGAGUCAAAGGGACUGGGGAAAGGGUAUGGCCUGUGUGGGGCGCACAAAGGAGUGCACAAUUGUUCCCUCAAAUCACUACGGACCAAUACCUGGUGUCCCUGUCGGAACCACCUGGAAAUUCAGAGUUCAGGUGAGUGAGGCAGGUGUUCACAGGCCGCAUGUCGGCGGUAUCCAUGGGCGCAGUAACGAUGGCUCCUAUUCGUUGGUGUUGGCUGGGGGCUUCGAGGAUGAAGUGGACCGGGGAGAUGAGUUCACAUACACAGGCAGCGGGGGUCGCGACCUCUCAGGAAACAAACGGAUUGGAGAGCACUCUUUUGACCAGACCCUCACACACAUGAACAGGGCAUUGGCCUUAAACUGUGAUGCACCUCUGAAUGACAAAGACGGUGCAGAGUCAAGAAACUGGCGGGCAGGAAAGCCGGUCAGAGUGGUGCGCAGUUCCAAAGGUCGACGCAUAAGCAAAUAUGCUCCUGAGGAGGGAAACCGCUACGAUGGUAUUUACAAGGUUGUAAAGUAUUGGCCAGAGAUUGGAAAGUGUGGUUACCUUGUGUGGCGGUACCUGCUUAGACGGGACGAUAUGGAACCAGCACCAUGGACACCUGAAGGAUUGGAGAGGAUCAACAAACUGGGCCUUUCUGUUCAGUACCCACCAGGUUACGUGGAGGCCAUGGCCAACAAGACGAAAAAGGAGGCCUGUGCCAGACCGGGUCGUGGAGGCCGGAGUAAGCACCAUCUCGGGAGGGGGAGGCAACGGAGACAGCGCAAGAUCAAAGAGAAGGAGGAGAAUGACGAGGACGAGGAGGACGACCUGCCAAUGGCUCCCAUAGAGGACGAAGAGCCGCAGAGUAAUGGAGAGCAAAAGACAAACAGGGACAGCGGUGGGUGCUUUUACAGAUGGAGCUCAGAGCAGGCCAGAAAAGGGGUUGUUCGAAGAGGACAGAAUCCGUCACCAGCAGCAGAGCCUCCCUCCAAGCGGGUGAAGAUAGAAGAGACGUUCCAGCUGUCAGAGCAGCAGAAGCAGUUGAUCCACGAGGACACGGCCAACAAGAAACUCUGGGAUGAAGCCAUGGGACACAUUAAAGAGGGGCCGAACUUCCUGAGCAAGAUGGAGCAGAUCUUCAUGUGCGUGUGCUGCCAAGAGCUGGCCUUCCAACCCAUCACCACCGCCUGCUCACACAAUGUUUGCAAGAGUUGUCUCCAGCGGUCCUUCCGAGCCCAGGUGUACACCUGCCCGGCGUGCCGUCACGACUUGGGCAAAGACUUCAUCAUGAUCCAAAACGUCACGCUCCAGAUGCUGCUCGACCAGUUUUUUCCCGGAUACACCAAGGGCCGAUGAGGACCAAAAACACAUUUACGAGUAGAAAAACGUACAGACACGCACAUCCAUUUUGUGCAUCCACGCAAGUACCUAGAGCUCCACUUUAAAACGCAUUGCGCACACAUACUGUACUUAACCACGGGAAAAUGUAUAUUGCAUAUACAGCCAUUUCUAUGUAUACAAUCAUUCAUACACAAACCACCUCAGUAGGGACUGACCUCAUCUUGUUGAACUUGGACCGUCUCCAUUAACAUCACCAGCCUGAAAUUUACAAAGGACACUUUUUAACCUUCCUUCUCCUGACACACAACCGCUCACAAGGUGCCCGUUUUAUGACCCACCAGCCACCUCCAGAUUUAAGCUCUGUUUUUUAAUGUUGUUGUUCCUGCCACUGUGUAGUUCAGUAAUUAGAAGUUGACUUCACUAUUAGUCUUUAGUCUCCUGCCAACCUGAACACAUGUGUACCACACACACUGAACUGCUUCUUAGUGUUUCAUUUAGCGGGCAAAUCGCAGAGCUAGUUUGAGUAGGGGAUUAAAGCACAGCAGGAAUGGCAGUUACACAAGGUGACAGAAGACACACCAAGGAGACAACACUGCAUGUACGACAUUCAAUCAAAACAAGUAGGACAUGAGACGCAGAUGUAACCAUGCAGGUAUUCUCUGUUAAGACAAACUGAAUUUGGAAAAGAAGCACAACAACCUUUCAUCCGUUAAGCACUUUAUUGGUAACAAGCAGCAGAUUGAUUUUGUCCAUUAAUCAGGAACAUAUGCUCGCAUUCUGCCAGCUACUUAUUUCAUUUGUAAUGUUGUUAUUUUAAUGGAUUUCGCUAAUAAGAGUAGCAAAUUCAAAUUGGCAGGUGUGUCCACAUUGAAGAGUUCCUGGGUUCAACAAAAAAAGCGACGUAACAAUGUAAACAACAACAAUGUGACAGAGACACAUCUAAACAUAACUUACAAAUGAUGCAUGAAGUAUGCACUUCAGAUAGAAGUUAUUUCUCGUGAGAAAUCCGGCUUAAAAGUAAUUGAUUAUCUACUCGUUAGAUAACAAACGUGACCACACUCCAUUAUCAUCUUUGUGUAGCACCUUAAAAUAAAGACAAACCAAAUGCAUUUCACUUAGGGCUUAGAAAGCCUCUAACAUGACUGAAAUCAUCAUGGAAUAUCCAUGUUCAUAAACUAUUGUGUAUUUUCUCAUUCACAGUUUCACUUUUUCAGGCAGAUGACCGAGACUGAACUGUACCGUAAUAUAUGUACUUCUGUUCCCUUUCUAUGUACUGUAUGUACCAGAGAAGUACUGUAAUGUUGUAAUAGGUUUGAAUGCUCUGAAGUGGUUAGAAAGUGAGGUGCAAUAUUUGCAUAAAAGGCGCACACAGUGGUUGUCCCUGGUGUUUCCAAGCAACCACAAUCAAGUAGGACUUCACACAAAGAUGGUUUGCAUCUAUUGUGCUCAGCAGACAUUCAUCUGCUGUUGUUCCUUCAGGUUGAUUUAGUACAAUGUUUACUGGAGAGCGGCACGAUCUGUUUCUGCAUCAUUUCAAAAAUAGUAGUCAGGUGAGUGAUUGCACUGCCAGGGAAGAUGCGAAACAGAAAACUGAGACACAUCCAUCUCAGUUUGUUAUGGUUGAGCCUAUUUCUGUUGCCUGACUGAGCUUUGGUGAUUGUUGUGAUUUUUGUUAAUUCACAACGUUAGGAACCAGAAGAAAUCACAAAGAAUGCAGUGUUCCCCAUUAUACAGAGUAUGAGUGAAAUAGAAAUGCACUGUGAGAGCAGUCUGAUACGUCAUGAAUAAUUGUGUCACUGGUUAAGAUCCAUAGAACCAGACGAAGAGCUGUGGAGUGCCUUUGUUAAAUAGACAGUCCAAAAAUGUUAAAAGUAAUGAAAGUUUGCAUUAAAUGCCUGCUGAGUUAACUGACACUGUUUACUCAUUCUGUUUAAUCAGAAGUUGGUAUAAAAGUACUCGUUACCGUUUUUUUUUUUUUUUCCAGGCAGUUGCAUGUUUUUCGAUGAUAUUUGUCAUUUAAGAAAAUCUUUUAAAUGGGGGGGAGAAAGUUUUGUUUCUUAAAUGAGACAAGAACUUAAAGCUUAAGUUUGGUUGAUUGAAGAUCAGUUAUGUUGACACUACUGGGAAAGCGUAGCAUACAAUUUGUUUGUAUCACAACUAAGCUUUUCAAUGUUGUUUUUCAAGAAAAUGUGAGUAGGUUUAAAUUAAGAUUAGAUUUUUUU